UUAAAAUGCGCGCCAUUGGGAACGUGACUACCUAGAUUUCCGGUCUCUCACGUCAGCUGAUCAAUCCCAUUCCUGUCUGCUGAUGCACAGUAGUGAGGAUGUCGGGCAAAGACAAAUUACCAAUUUUCCCCUCUCGGGGGGCCCAAAUGUUGAUGAAAUCUCGCUUAGCUGGAGCACAAAAGGGUCAUGGAUUGCUGAAGAAGAAGGCAGAUGCAUUGCAAAUGCGAUUCAGAAUGAUACUCGGGAAAAUUAUAGAAACCAAAACUCUAAUGGGUGAAGUGAUGAAGGAAGCAGCAUUUUCAUUGGCUGAAGCAAAGUUUGCUACUGGAGACUUUAAUCAGGUGGUUCUGCAAAACGUGACGAAAGCACAAAUCAAGAUUCGUUCUAAAAAGGACAAUGUUGCCGGUGUCAAUCUACCGGUAUUCGAGUCCUAUCAAGACGGAACGGAUACUUAUGAAUUAGCCGGCUUAGCAAGAGGUGGUCAGCAAUUGGCCAAAUUGAAAAAGAACUAUCAGCGGGCGGUAAAAUUGCUGGUAGAAUUGGCAUCGCUGCAAACGAGUUUUGUUACUCUAGACGAAGUUAUUAAGAUCACGAAUCGACGUGUCAACGCUAUCGAGCAUGUUAUCAUUCCACGAAUUGAGAGAACGCUAGCUUAUAUUAUUUCAGAACUUGACGAGCUUGAAAGAGAAGAAUUCUAUCGGUUGAAAAAGAUUCAAGACAAGAAGAAGAUUGCCAAAGCAAGGGUUGAAGCAGAAAGGGCAGAAAUGAUUGCAGCUGGACGGGAUUUGGAAGCUGCAAAUCUGCUCGAAGAGAGCGAUGACGACGUACUGUUUUAAAUAAUGUAAAUAAUCCACUAUAAAUGUUAAGAUGUUAAUAUCUAAAUAGAAAGAGAACACAAAUAUACGUCGGAGUCACAACAUUCUCGUACAUUUCUUUGUACAUUUUAGAGAAUGUUGUUGGCAAUCCUUUUUCCGCUUUAAAAAGCCAUAUUGCAAUUUUUGUUUGUCUCUAAAGAAAUAUAUUUUACAGUAUUAAUUAGGCAGCAAUUUGUAUAAAAAAAUAAUUAUAUAUCAUGUAAUAUACUUGCAACAGCAAUGCUGUUAUUUCAUAACAUUAUUCCGAAUAUUUUAAUUAUACAAAAUAUAACGAAGGAUAUUUUACUUCUAUAUAUUGUAUAAAUCAUUCCAUCAUCAUUUAUAUCACCUCCGGCUUUUAUAAUGCGAGGAAUUGUGCAAUCCGAUAAUAUAGUAAUGAUUACAAAUACAUAAUAAAUAUAUAUGUAUAUAUGCA